AUGAUUGAGCGACCAGAUUAUCUCGAUUCACAUGUCAGCAUCAGCUUCGAAAGUACAGCAACGACGCCCGAAUCGAGGUCGACUAGGUAUCAGGCAAACUUUGGUACGGAUACAUCCAUUCUGUCCGAAAGGUCUUUACGUGAUGCCAGUGUCAAGUAUCCAGGUAUUCAGUAUCCGCUGAUUGCUUUCAAUCAAAGUGCCAUAUGGGUUGGUGCCAUCAAUACCAAUCAAACUUCAGGUAUCAAUACACCCGGAGCAAACAAUUUGGCAUUAGCGGGUAUGGAUUGUCAUCUCGCAAAGUCGAAUGGACGCGCAGAUGUAAAGGUGAAUGGCAGUCAAUGGACCAUCAUCAAAGAUACUCUGUUUAACGAACAAUAUGAUCCACGACCAAACAAACCGAUGUCGGCCUUGACGUCUGCGCUGGACUUCUUCGACGAGGGUCAUGUUGGGGCAGCACCAGGGCUAGGCGGACACUUGUUGCGCGCUGCACUCAACAUCGCGAGCGAAGGGAAUCGGCCUUCGUGGAAGCUUGAGAGUCUCUUUGAAGCCUUCCUCUGGUACGAAACCGAAACUCGGCUUAUCCUUCUAGACGAUAGUCAAGCCAGGAAAACAGGAUGGUACCAAAUCCAACGUGACACUGAUAGAUAUGCCAUGACCUUCACCCCUUGGCUCCUCCUUGCUGGUCUCGUGGCACUAGGGAUUGCAUGUGGAAUAACAGUCGGACUUUCAAUCGACUCCCGAAAGAUACACUCUUUACGUGUUGGACGAAUGCUGGACUCGAUUCGCCUGACAGCUGAUGUCGGCGUAGCUCUAGACAAGCAAGUUUUUGAAGAGUGUUCAACCUGGCACAGCUCCAGACUAAACAAGUGUGCUGACGAGGCGAGGUUCCAAUAUGAGGCGGACGUACGGUUGAACAGUGAAACUGGAGUCUAUUCUGUAGGAAUCCGUCUCCGACAAGUCUCGCGACCGCAUGAAUGA